ACCACCAACAACAACGCACCCGACACCGCCCAAACCGCCCACGCAGCCAGAACAUCACCUCCCGCGCCACCCUCUACGCAUCACUACCCGCCGCCUGGUGUCCCGCAAAGCGGAUCUGCGAUUUUCACAGCGUUUGCGGGCUGUUCGUUGUCGCCAUGAACGUACAAUAUCAGGCUUUCACGCCCCCUCACCUCUUGAACAACAACAACCGCCGCUCACCCACUCGCAACAUAAUGCCAUCUUCCACUGCCAUGACGGGCCGCAAGCGGAAAGCCGACGAUGAGGGAAGUGCCGGCGACGACGACCGCAUGAGUUCAUCCCCAUCUACUUCUCCUGCCAUCCUCCCCCGACCUGCGCCACGAGGCAUGAAACGUAUGCGAACCAAUGUUUCUGGUCGACCGCUCCCUCUGCCACGCCUCCUCGAGACACUAAGCGCCGACGAGAUGCGGAACCUACUACAGUCCAUUUGUCAGCGCCACCCAGAUAUUGGUAACGAAGUCGUCACCACAGCGCCUCGCCCCAGUAUUCAAUCAGCCAUGGAAGUUUUGUCCAAAUAUGAGGCGGCAUUCCAGGGGGCAUUUCCGUUUGGCAACCGUGCAUCAUCAGAUUAUGCAUACAACAGGGUCCGCCAACAGCUUGACGAUCUGCUGGACUCUCUCAAGGACUUCACGCCUCACUUCCUCCCACCAAACGAACAACAACCUGCCACCUCACUCGCCUUCCUGGAUGGAGCCACCGAAAUUCUCCACCGUCUUCCCAACUGGGAUACCUACCAGCACAACCGACACAAACAGGAGGCAUAUGAAGAGAUGGCUAAAGCGUGGGCAAUAGUCAUUCGGGAGGCAGCAAAGAGAGCAGGCGGAAUACAACUCCAGUAUGGCGGAUGGGAUCAGAAGAUUGCAAAGCACAAUGAGGUCUCAGGUGGAAAGAUGCAAGAGGCUGUGAAUGAGCUGCGCGGGGGUCUCGGUUGGAUGGGUGCCGAGACUGGCAAUGCAGCCACAGCUGGGCCUACUGAUGCCAUGUCGAUUCGCCAGCAACUACUGAGCGGGAACUACGGAAGUGGCUCCUCCGCCAGCAUAGGUGCAUGGUAGAUGGUCAAUCCGGUUGGUGCUAGCUCAAAUGGCAGCAUCUACUGGUACUGCCCAUCUCCAUUUUCAUCGGUGGUUCCUCACCACCGAGUCACUUUCCACCAUCCAUCUCGGCAUUAUUACCAUUGCGAU